AUGGAGAGUGAAGCUGCAGAGGUGGAGAUGAGAAGGAGAGGCCAUUCAGUUUCGCGAUGGAGCCCUACAAAAGAGCAAAUAAGCACGUUGGAGAAUCUGUACAAACAAGGAAUAAGGACUCCUAAUGCUAGCCAAAUACAACAUAUUGUAACUAGGCUCAGUGCUUAUGGUCACAUUGAGGGAAAGAAUGUGUUCUAUUGGUUUCAGAAUCACAAAGCGCGCCAAAGACAGAAACUAAAAUUGAAGCAACAAAAUAGUGGAACCGGCUUUUAUUCUCAACAACCACCAAAGGUUCUUGCAAGUGGAGUUAGCUCAAGCAUUGUGACGUUUGGGUUGCAAAGAAUGUGUGAUGGCUCACAGAGAAAUGAACUAUUGCAACAAGAUUACAACAGUAGGACCAGUAACCACAAGGCCUUAACUCUCUUUCCUCUUCAUCCAACCAGCAUUUUGGAAGAAAAAUCUAGUCAAGUGCCAUCCCUUGCUUCAUUUUGUGAAGGUGCCAUUGAUACAUCUUCUGCUGCUCAUAUUAAUGAAGAUGCUCAUCCUGAAAACCUACCGUUCUUUGAUUUUUUCACUUCGUCUCAUGUGAGUGAUUGA